AUGGCAUCUGUAAACAGAACCAGUGAAAUAAUUAAAAAACUUAAAGCAGACAAACAUCUCCUGGAGGAGAUAAACGAAAGGCGUGAAUCCAACUGCUUGGUGGAAAGAAGCAAUCAAGUCAGCUUACUGAGAGUUCAAAAGAGGCAUUUCAAUGGUGCCUACAAGUCCCUUACUCAUGCCCAAAUCAAAGAAGCUGUUCCUGACAGUGGCAGGAGCUCUUGGGUCAAACUGAGUCCCCUUGUUCACAAGGAGAAAAGGCACUUUCCACUAAAAAUUGUAGAUAUGGAGGCCAAAAGAGGGACAGUCUUACUUAAACUUGCCUUAAAAACAGAAGACUUGGUGUCUUAG